AUGAAGCGCCGGGUUGCGAUCAAGCGCGGGACCGCUGCGCAGACGACGCCGCGCAAGAAGCAGCGCGGCCUGAACGACGACGCGUUCGAUUGGUCGGGUAGUAGCAAGAAAGGCGGCGACGAGCCCGACGUGAUUGCCUCGGACACCGAAGGCAGCGCCAGUGACGACGAGAGCGAGUUGAACGACGCCGAUGCCGACGACGCCGAGCACGCGGAGACGGCGCAUGAGAAGCACCUGCGGCUGGCGAAAGAGUACCUGGGCAAGAUCACGGCACAAGAGACAGGCGGUACCGACGACGAAGACAAAGACGACGACGACGAUGGCGGCGUCGAGACGCACGUGGGUGCCCGACUCCAGCAGGACGCGCUGGAAGCCAUGGGCAAGUUGUUUACCAAGGUGGCGGUCGAGUAUACGGCGUUUGAGUUUAGCAGCCACUCGGUCAAGUUCCUGGCCGGCCAUCGCCUGCCGGUGACCAGUGUGUGUCUGCUGGAAGACGGCAAGACGGCGUUCUCGGCGGCGAAAGAUGGCUCGCUGCUGCGAUGGGACUUGGCCCGGUUGACAAAGGACAAGUUGGUUCUGCCGAAAGACACCGUUGCAGCUAAGAAAGCGACGACAGACACGAGUCGGUGCAUCUUGGCGCUGGCCGUGAGCUCGGACGGCAAGUUUCUGGCCAGCGGUGGCCACGACAAACUCGUGCGUGUGUGGGAUGUCGAAAAGGGUGAGCUGCUAGAAAGUUUCUCGGGACACCGCGAUGCAGUGUCGGCAUUGGCGUUCCGUUUGCGCUCGCACUCGCUGUUCUCGGGCUCGUUUGACCGCUCGAUCAAGCACUGGAAUCUGACGGAAAUGGGAUACAUUGAGACACUGUUUGGACACCAAAGUGAAGUGAAUGGACUGGACAGUUUAUACAAAGAGCGUAUAGUUAGCUGCGGUCGAGAUCGUAGUGUGCGCGUGUGGAAGAUUCCGGAAGAGACGCAGCUAGUGUUCUAUGGCAACUCAGGCUCGAUGGACUGCGUUCGAAUGAUCACGGACGAGUACUACGUCACCGGUGGCGACGACGGGUCUCUGUCGCUUUGGUUCAAUGGCCGCAAGAAACCCGUCUGUGUCAUAUCGAACGCCCACGGUGGUAAGUGGAUUGGCAGUCUGGCGGUUAUGCCGCGCACGGAUCUUGUCGCGUCCGGAAGUAGUGACGGCCAGAUUCGACUGUGGCAGGCUGACGUGCAGGGACGGACGCUGGUCCCUGUGGCAUCGGUCCCGCUAGAAGGCUUUGUGAAUGCUCUGUGUUUCGACCCGAAAGCUCGGUUUUUGGUGGCAGGUGUGGGUCAGGAGCACCGUCUUGGCCGGUGGGAAAAGCUGAAGGUCAAGAACGGCAUCGCGCUUAUUGCCCUGCCUGUCGUCGGUGGUGAGCAGACGAAAGGCAAAGACGAAGAAGGGAGUAUCGACAGCGACGAGGAGUCGUAA